AUGAAAAUCCACUCGUCUCAGCAUCAUCCGAUCACACCGAAGCGCACCAUCAAGCGUAAGCCAGCAGUGGAGCUCUAUGAUAAGGAAAUUGUCCAAGCUUACAAUAACGUCGACAAUGUCGGUGCUGACUCAAUUACAUUCGAUAUCGAUGACGUGCCUGCGUCUGUCUCUGCGAUUGUAAAAUCAGUGAUCGGCAAUAAUGUCGAGGACGACGUCGACCUUGUCUCUCAAGGUAUGGACUCUAUGCAGGCCACGAAUAUCCGCAACAAGCUCGUUGCAGCUUUAAAACCUAUCAAGAAUGUAACUUUAGGUGGGACAGUCGCUUUCCAGCACCCAAAGUUGACUCUUCUGUCUAAUUUCAUUGAGAAGCUACUGAACGAUGACGGCAAGCAAAUGUCAGAAGAAGAUAUUGUGGCCACGAAGGCUGCUGAGAUCAGCGCGACAAUCGCGUUGCACUCACGCAAGCUCAAUAGCAAGCCUAAGCAAGGAUGGGUGCAGCCAGUAGGGGAAGGCAAAAAUGUUGUCUUGACUGGUACGACUGGUGGUCUAGGAGCUCAGCUGCUGCAAACGCUCAUGGAAGAUGCAAACGUUGAGCAUGUCUAUGCUAUUAACCGUACUCACGCCCACAAGAGUCUCAAGCAACGUCAGGCGGACAGUCUUGCUGAGAAGGGUAUUACAGUAGACGAUAUUCUAGACUCUCCAAAGCUGUCGCUCAUCGAAGCCGACCUGACAAAGCCGAAUCUUGGAUUGAGUACGACCAUUUACUUGGAAAUUAGUGCUAAAGUAGACGUGAUCAUUCACAACGCCUGGAGAGUCGAUUUCAACGUCGCCUUGCAGUCAUUUGAGCAGGAUAUUUCCGGUGUGGUUAAUCUUACCAACCUUGCGAUCACAUCAAGUCAAGGUGCUGCAGUCAUUUUCACGUCAUCGAUCGGAAGUCUUGCACGCUGGCCAGUCGGCAGAAAAACAUUCGAGGAGCCAAUCUCAGACCCCGCAAUCGCAGUUGGAAUGGGAUAUGGUGAGAGCAAGUUUGUUGGUGAGCGAAUCUUGGCCACCGCCUCACAGACGACGGGACUACCAACGACAGUCCUUCGAAUUGGACAGCUGUGCGGUGAUAGAAAGUCAGGUUUCUGGAAUUCUUCCAAUUGGGUACCAGCAAUUAUUAAGUCUGGCCUCGCCCUCAAGUGUCUUCCAAAUGGAGAUGACUUGGUCGAAUGGAUUUCGCUAGACAAUGCCGCGCAAGCCAUAGUAGACUUUGCGCACAACAGAAGAAGUCUAGGCAAAACACAUGAUCUUUUACACAUCGUGCACCCACGCCCAACGAGCUGGAGCGCGGUCUUUAACGUGGUGGCAGAGUAUUUGAACAAAAGAGGCGCUGGUAUCACACUAGUGAGCUAUAGUGACUGGCUGGAAAGGCUGCAAGCCGAGGAUACAUCUAACAUGUCCGAGAACCCUGCUAUUAAGCUGCUUCCGAUGUUUGAGUCUCGUGCGAAAGUCUCUGCCGAUCGUAGGGAGUUUAUUCCUUUACUUCAGACAACGAGAUCUCAGGCUGCGUCUGAGUCGCUUAGAGAAUGCACCGAACUCAACCAAGAAGAUGUCGUGAAGUGGAUGGAUAAGUGGGUUGAUGAAAGUUUCUUGUAA